UAUUGGUGUUGGCUCAUCAGCAUAAUAUUGAUUGAUAAUUUAAGAAAUUUGUCUGAAAAUGGCCGAUAGAAAGGCUGAACUUGAGCGAAAAAAGCUCAAGUUGGAGCAGAUGAGAAAAGAAAGAGAGGAAAAGAAUCGACAACGCAAGCUUAAAGAGAGUGGAGAAGAUAAGAAGUCUGGACAGAGCGGUGGCCAGACCCAAGAUUUAAGAAAAGAAACUGAUGAGUUGCUUGCCAAUUUAGGGAUCCCUGAGUCAUCACCAACACCAACCCAGCCAGUAAAACAAAGUGAUCAGAAAUCGCCAACCCCUUCUGAAGGUGCACCUUCUGUAGCAGCCCCCACUCAAAUCACUAGUAGACAAAGAGCUAAGUUAUCACUAGUAAAAGUAGCAGAGACAAACAUACCUCCUCGUGAGAAUGUGUCCUACAGCAAGGAGACUCAGACCGUUAUUGUAGAAACUGCAGAGAAGGAAGGACAUAAAUAUGGAGCCCGAGGGCCGUGGGACUAUUACGAUGAUCAAUCUGACGAAACAUGUAGCAUUUCCAGUCUUGUCAGGGGUGCGUCUUCUCGCUUUAGUUCACCUCGUCAUAGCCACUCCUCCCCUCAUCAUGGUUCCCCCAAAUUUCUUCACCAUGAUAUGGAAUGGGAGGAUGAAUUUGAAUUUUAUGACGAAGAUGAAGACACAGAUUCAAUUGAUGUCCACCCUGCUGCUCCAGCCCACAAGAUGCCCCAUGUGGAGAUGGUCCACCCCACCCAGACCCCCGCAGACAUCCAGAAACAGGAAGAAAAACCAAGUCAACCCAAAAUGAAAGUUAUAGAGCUGAGUGAGGAAGAGAAGAAACAAAUCAUGAUGACAGAGGAAUUCCAGAGUUUUUUCAGCAAGACAACACGGGUUGUGGAGCGAGCUUUGGAUGAGGACAUUGAUAUUUUCGUAGAUUAUGCUGGAGGGGAUGGGGAGGAUAUGGAGAGUGACUUGCGAGCAGGAGAAAGACUGAAACUUCAGAGGAAUUUCUUUGAUGAGAGAUGGUCCAAACAUCGCACGGUAACCAGCCUAGACUGGUCUAAACAGCACCCAGAGCUGUUGGUGGCUUCAUACAAUGCUAAUGAAGAUUCUCCUAAUGACCCUGAUGGAGUGACUCUCAUCUGGAAUUCUAGAUUUAAAAAGACCACUCCUGAAUAUGUCUUCCAUUGCCAGUCCCCUGUGAUGUCAAGCUGUUUUGCUGAGUUCCACCCUAACCUUGUGGUGGGAGGGACCUACUCGGGUCAGAUUGUGCUGUGGGACAACAGGGUCAACAAGAGAACCCCCAUACAGAGGACUCCCCUCUCAGCAGCUGCCCACACUCACCCUGUGUACUGUAUUAAUGUUGUGGGGACACAGAAUGCCCAUAAUCUGAUCAGUGUGUCCACUGAUGGUAAAAUGUGUUCCUGGAGUCUGGACAUGCUGUCACAGCCACAGGACAGUAUGGAGCUUCAACACAAACAAAGUAAAGCUGUGGCGGUCACCUGUUUUUCGUUUUUAUCUGGGGACGUUAAUAACUUUGUAGUGGGCAGUGAGGAUUGUACUGUGUACACAGCCUGCAGACACGGAGGUAAGACUGGUAUUAAUGAGGCCUUUGAGGGACACAUGGGGCCCAUCACGGGGAUAGACUGUCACAAUGUGCCAGGUCAGAUUGACUUCUCCCCCUACUUCCUCACCUCCAGCUUUGAUUGGACACUCAAGCUCUGGAGCAUUAAGGAUCAAAAAUUCUUACAUUCCUUUGAGGAUAACAGUGAUUACGUAUAUGAUGUCCAGUGGUCACCUGUCCACCCUGCAUUGUUUGCCAGUGUAGACGGUGAUGGACGUCUAGACCUGUGGAAUCUCAAUAAUGAAACUGAGGUUCCUACAGCAUCAGUUGUAGUGGAGGGGGGCGUGGCCCUUAAUCACUGUAGAUGGCAUGGAAGUGGAACAAACAUUGCUGUAGGGGAUGAUGUCGGAAGGAUUCACAUUUAUGAUGUGGCUGAGAACACGGCCAAUCCUAAGAUGGACGAGUGGUCACGCUUUGUUAGAACUCUCCAGGAAUUAAAACAGCAGGCAGUGGAGCGUGAAGAGGAGUCUUCUUUAGGAUCAAUUUCCAUGACCUCCCCGCUAAGAUGAACAAUCCUCUGAACUGAAAAUUUUCUCUAGACCAAACAAAUAAUUUGGUAAAUUUUGAUGGUGGAAGUGCUAUAUACAUGUAUGUGAACAUUUUGCUUGACAUGAUGGUGACAGUGAAUGUGAAGCUUAAUUUACAUGUAUUUCAGGACAGUGUGCAAUAAUUGAUUUAAAAAUAUAUUUACAAAAUAAAAUAAUGUAUUCUAAAUAAAAUAAAUGUACAGUAUGUUCAUUGUAACUUAAAUGUCGGAAAAUAAAAACACCUGAUUCAU